CGUGAACUCAAACUGUGACAGUUUCAUCUGCCAGCAAACUCUGUAUAUAUUUGUUAAACCAUCCUAACCUAUACUCGAUAUGAAAUACUUCAAAUUUCAGUGGCUUUUUAUUGCUGUAAUAUUUUUGUGCCUCAGCGAUGUUUUGGCAGCGCCAAAGCGCAAAGCCAAGCCCCGCUUCAAACUGCCAAAAAUAAAUAUUAAUAUACAUCACAAUAAUAUUCACAUUGGCUAA